UUUCACUCACUACAGAAGCGUGCGGUUUGCAGAUCGCUUAAGAACGUCUUAUAGCUUUAGCCUUAGUCACUCUGCGAAGCUUCGUGUCAAUAUAUGUUCAUGAAGCAAGCAAGAAAUGUGUUUUGAAACGGUAAUUUGUUUGCUCGUAACUGCAGCGGUUUUAAGUCAAGUGAAUGCGCAAAGACGUUUCCCACCGAUUGAAGCACAAAAAACACCAAACGACCUCUUCGAAGAAUCGGUGACACGCAUCAAAGAGUCGACUUUUGAAGUUGACAUUGUGUCCAUAGUGAGGCGACCAAACGCCGACAAUCGACAACCAAAUGUCCCACCACCAAAUUUUAAUCGGAAGGUAGAUAAUGUCAAAAUAACAUUUUCGAGUAUUUCUAAAGAGCAACCCAGUGAAAGUCUUAGAUCGGAGUUCGAAAACAAUAACCGCAAUCAAAAUCAAAAAAGAAGGGAAGAAGAGAGUGAACAAGAACUCCGUCGUAAAAACCGAAAUGAACUUGAACCUGUUAAUAUAUUUAAUCAGAAUACUGAACGGAAUUUUUACGGCGAAAAUGUAAGCCAACCGGAAGUGAUUGAUGGCGAUCGUCUACAAAAUAGCCAAAAUUCACAGAAACACAAUUCGAUUAAACAAAAGUCAGAAGAGAAUAGCCGAAGGCUCUGUGAAGUAAAGUAUAAUGAGUAUAUUGCUCAAAUAUUUAGCAAUGAUGCAGAGACGACGGCGGAUGCGAACGAUGCAGAGUUCGAUGGUCGUGUAUUGGCAACACCCGGUGAAUACCCGCAUAUGACAGCACUGGGCUUUGAAAGGGUGGACCACACAUACGAUUAUAAAUGCGGCGGCAGUUUGAUAAGUGAGAACUUCGUAAUAACGGCAGCGCAUUGUACCAAUAUAACGGACGAAGUACCUACGGUGGCGCGUUUCGGGGAAACCAAUCUUAUGGUAAAUGCACAACAUUUUGGGCCACAAAUAUUUGGCAUACAAACCAUAUACACGCAUCCACAAUACGAUGGCGUGACCUAUUACAAUGAUAUCGCGCUUUUACUGUUAAAUUCAAGUGUUGAGUUCACCGAGUUCGUACGUCCAAUUAAAUUGUGGACACGUCCUAAUUUACCGUUACCCAUCGCUUUCGCUAUGGGCUAUGGUGCCACCUCGUUUGCGAAAGCGCCCACCCAGCGGCUCACCGACUUCAAUUUGACUAUUGUGGAGAACAAUGACUGCAAUCAGCGUCUACCACAGCUGGACGAAGUGCCGCACGGCAUAAUUGAGAGUCAAGUUUGUGCGCAAGAUUUUAUAAUGCAUCGCGAUACUUGUCAGGGAGACUCCGGCGGUCCGCUGCAGUAUAAUAUCAGAGGAAAGCGACGCAGAAAGCGCAUACACUAUCACUUGAUCGGCGUCACCUCAUUCGGUUUGCUUUGCCGUAGUCAAAACCUUGGUGUCUAUACACGCAUAUACUCGUUCCUUGACUGGAUUGAGAACACGGUUUGGAGCAGUCAUGAGCACUAAGAAGUAGCGAAAUUAAUAUUUAUAGAAAAAUAAUUUUAUACUAUUUAAAUAAUAUAUAAGAAAUAGACAUUUUUAAUACGAAACAUAAAACUUGGAAAUUAAAAUAGAAAAAUAUCAUUCAAUUCGGCCACACAAUCGGCUCGAUCCAGUGCAGGUAUUUGGACACUCUUAUAUAAACACCAGGGGCUUCCGUGGCGCAACCCAAACCAAAGGAUGUUAUACCAACCACAUAGGGUAUGUGUAUAUUCUUCAAUAUCAGAGGCCCACCGGAGUCACCCUGUAGCAGUUAAAUUUAGAAAAAUAAAACAGAAAUAAUAAUAAACAUUUUAACUGAAGUCACAAACUCACCUGACAGGUGUCACGUCCAAACUGUUGAUCCUGUGCACAUAAUUGGGUAUCCAUAAGACCUCUUGGCAACUCAACGGAAUCUUUAUAAAACUUUUGACACGCUUUAUUGCUUACAACCAAUAAAUACGCCUUUAAAAGAUCAUCGGAGGAUCGGCCACCUGGAAGAGAGCGAGCAGAAGAAGAACUGAGUGCGUUACAUAUAUAUGGUAUAUGUAGGUGUGUUCAAAGAAAGUUAUUAUUUUAGCGUCCAAGAAGUGAAUAUUUGCAUAUUAAAAGAAAGAAAAGAGAAUUAUGUAUAUAACUAUAAAGAAGCCAAAUAUCACCGCACUUAAAGAGAAUUAAAGGCUUGUACAAAUGCAAUAACAUAAGAAAUACGGAGAGAAAGAGUAAAAUAAAUAUAUAUGUAAUGCUAAGAAUUUUGAGUAGAAAUAUAUAAAGCGGUUAUAUCCACUUGUGAAUUGCCAAAAAUCGAUUUUUUUUUCUGGCUUAUAUAUCGAAUGUACAUAGGUAUAUUCUCCGAAAAUGUUAAGUUGACACGGCAAAUAUUGUAGUGUCGGAUAUGAGCAUAUUUCAAAAAGUUUUUAAUUUGGUGUAAACGGCUCCCAAAACCUUCCUUUGUGAGGAAAAUUUAGUCCCGAAACGGCUAGUCCCGUCGUCUUGAAAUUGUCACACUUUGUCAGGUACUGCUCGAAGGAAUAAGAUUUUUAUAAUCUUUUUUUU